AUGCAUCUCUGCAAAACUCUGGUCGCCGCCCUUUCGGUCUCGGCUGUUUCCACUGCACUUGUGUUCGAUGGAGAGCCGGACGUCAACAGCAGUGCGGUGCAGAAGCAUCUUCAGGAUCGGUCGGCAUUGAUCACCUUGGAGAAGCGACAGCGACAGGACCACGCCUUUCGACAAAACCUCUCUGCAGUCGCUCGACAGGCAGAUGCCAUUGUCGAUGCGAUCCGUCAAUAUGAGAUUGACAGUUUCUGGAGGGUGCCCGGGACGGUGGAAGACGAGGACAAGGAAAGGUUCACGGGCGAGAUGUUUCCCAAGGCCAAGCCGCUCAUUCCCGACACGCAACUCUGGAAGAUCGUGAAGCGGAUGCCCAAGGGCGCUCUCCUGCAUGCCCAUCUGGCCUCGAUGCUUCCGUAUGAGAUUCUACUCGACGCUGUCAUGAAGACGGAGGGGAUGGUCGUCACCGUGUCGCAGCCGGUCACGAAUGAAAUCGAACAGAAGAACGCGACCCUCACCUUCGCCCACGUCAACCACACAAUUGCAGCCUCAGGGCCGGCAAUUGAUUCCACAGACUACGUACCCAACACUCAGCUCCCGGUCAAGUAUGCCGCUCAAUCAUUCACCGGGGGAAGCCAAGCUUUCGCCAACUUCGUCUUGUCUAAGCUCGAGCUCCAGCCCGAGGAUUCCAUUAGGCAUGACCUUGGCGUCGACCAGAUUUGGAGGAUCUUCCAAGCUGCCUUCACGCCGGCUGACAGUAUGAUGUCGUACGAGCCUAUUUUACGGACAUUCUACCAGCAGCUCUUUGCAGCUCUAAUCGACGACGGCAUCAACUGGGUUGAAAUUCGUGCCAGCGCAUCCUCGGGGAUUCUAGUCCACCAAGGUGACGAAGAUGCCGACCCAAAUCUCGAUGUGUACUGGCAGGUGAUGGUGGAGGAACUGGACAAGUUCAAGCAGAGCGACAAAGGGAAGAAUUUCUGGGGCGCCCGUGUCAUCUGGUCGGACAUCAGAAGCGAGGAUCGUGCCUCGCUCACAAGCAGCAUGAAGGUUGCUCUCGGGAGAAAGGCCAAGUUCCCUGAACUUAUUAGCGGAUACGACUUGGUAGGCCAGGAAGAUCUUGGUCGUCCUUUGUCCGAUGUGGCCCCGGAGUUGGUCUGGUUCCGUGAACAAGCCGAGCGAUUGAAUCUCACGAUUCCUUUCUUCUUCCAUGCUGGAGAGACCCUUGGGGAUGGUAACUCAACCGACUACAAUCUGGUCGAUGCGAUCUUGUUCAACACUCGACGGAUUGGCCACGGGUUCAGUCUGUACAAGCAUCCUCAACUUAUCGACGAGGUGAUCACCAACUCAAUCAUGGUUGAAGUUUGUCCUAUCUCGAAUGAGGUUCUCCGCCUUGCGACCGAUGUUCUGCAUCACCCACUGCCUGCGAUGGUUGCCCAUGGCAUUGCUACUGCCAUCAGCAACGACGACCCCGCAAUGCUUGGCCAGGAUGCGGCCGGCCUAAGCUAUGACUUUUAUCAAACCAUACAAGGGUUCGACAACAUCGGACUUGCUGGACUGGGAGCCCUCGCUCAGAAUAGUCUUCGAUGGGCCAACUUCGAGGACCAGUCGGAUGGAGAUUGGGUUCGGGACAUCGAUCUUGGAGAACGUGGCACCGGCAUCAAAGCGCAGUAUAUGCAAGUGUGGAACCAGCAAUGGGAGGAUUUCUGUCAAUGGAUUGUCAACGAGUAUGGCAACGAGUGGCAGAACGCGACGAUGGGGAUGACUACAGCAUGA